UAUUUGUUGUGUUGUGUAUUUGUAUUUUGUACACGAAGUGCCUUUAUUUAUGGAUGUUGAACAUAACAAAUUUGAACUGAAUCACAUACUUAUUUAGUUACAAAUAAAUAUGUCCCAGCAAUUAAUUAACGAAAAUAGUAAAUACAUAUUAGACUUAUUCUCAGAGCAGACUGUAGACUCCCAAAGUCUUGAAUCGAUAUGUGCUCAAGUGCAAAAGAGGUUUCCGAAAUCAGAUCAUUUUAAUUUAUGUCUUCUCCUAUCAUCACUCAUAACCGGUGGUGACUUGUCUCUCCCCGGUCAGAGAGUGGUAGCACUGGCCUUAAUAUUUGAUUUUUACAAAGUGGAAAAUCCCUUCAGCUCACUGUUCCUCCACCUUCUGGAUGGCAAAUCGGGUCUAUUGCCUCUGGCGCCGCAAGAGAGACUUUUUAUUGGUCAGCUACAUGGUUUUAUACCGGUUAAUAUUAAGGAUGUCUUAAAGAAGUCUGCAAAGCAGGUGAUGUUAACUGAAGUAUCAUCGAAAGAUCUAGAAUUUGAUUAUUCUUCCAUUCAAUCUGUAACGGCUGAACGAUCAGCUGACAUCAGUUCUGUUGCGAGAGCGACCGCACCAGCUUUAGUACCGCUCAGUGAUGGGAGUCCACCGAACCGCAUGGCGAUGAAGGAGCUCCUAGAAGCGCUGAUGAGUAACGAGUACUUACCGCUGCACCGCACCCUCAAGCCGUCCGGGCCCAUCCCCCCUCCCACAUUCCUCCUCGACCCCACGGAGAUAUCCUUCGCAGAUGAGGGUGUGUGGAAAAAUCUAGUCAAUAGAGGUGUGUACGUGCCGCUGUACGACACGGACUUCGAGGGGCUGAUCGGCCUGAAGCCGCCGGAGAAGGUCGAGAAGAAGGUCGUACUACCGAAGGAACAAAAGCCUAAAGUGGAAGAGAAGAAAGAGAAGCAGGAGGAGAAAAAGGUGGAGGAGAAGGAAGUGAACGUGGCGGACGAGGCCAAGGAGCUGACGCAGCUGGCGCUGAAGGCGGCUCUCAGCGUGCCGCACCAGCAGAGGCUGCUGGGCCUGCUGGACCACCACCCCGACGUCGUGUACGACGUGGGCCUGGCGCCCUACCAGUUGCCGGAGCUGGUGGAGAACAACCCGAUGGUGGCCAUCUCCGUUCUCCUGAAGCUGAUCCACUCGCAACACAUCACGGACUACUUCUCGGUGCUCGUCAACAUGGAGAUGUCGCUGCACUCCAUGGAAGUUGUCAACAGGCUGACGACGUCGGUGGACCUGCCCGUGGAGUUCGUGCACCUCUACAUCAGCAACUGCAUCUCCACCUGCGAGACCAUCCGCGACCGCUACAUGCAGAACAGGCUCGUCCGCCUCGUCUGCGUCUUCCUGCAGUCGCUCAUCCGGAACAAGAUCAUCAACGUCAAGGAAUUAUUUAUAGAAGUAGAAGCGUUCUGCGUUGAAUUCAGCAGAAUCAGAGAAGCGGCUGCGCUGUUCAGGCUGUUGAAACAACUAGACUCGGGGGAAAUGCACAAGGAAAAUAAGGAAAACUAGACAAAAGUAACUAAAUCCUGAAUCUGGAGAAUAAAUCAGAAGAUUUCAUAGUUAGAUGAUUUUUAAUUCAUUGUGUUAUUUAUGCAGUCGGCCUUAAAGUUAGGAUCGCCAGGCAACGAAGGUCACAGAUAAUCUAUACACAUGGACGAAUAUUCAAAUAAAUGUGGGAAUAUUAAAUAUUUUUCAAAAGUAAGCAGGGAUCUUAAUAUUGUAGUACUGGUAGACUGAACUAAAGCUCACAACCCAAAUCCGGCCCUGUAUUAAUGUAGUUUUUAAUACAAUUAAAAUGGAUUUAUAUAAAAAUAAAUAAAUAAAGUUCAAUUCAAAACAAGCCUAAAAAUAAUAUUGUUUAUAAAACACUUA